GAGAGGAAAGUCAGGAACCAACUUCGCUAACCACCAGGUUUUGAGCCUUCUGCUGGCAAUGGGGGACAUGAAGACCCCAGACUUUGAUGAUCUGCUGGCAGCUUUUGACAUCCCUGACAUCGAAGCCAUUCAGUCAAGUCCAGAGGAGGAACGAGAUGAGGUGGGGGCUAAUACAGAUGAGAGAGAGAGUGCAUCUCCUUCAUGCUUCCCCUGUCCUCCGGCCUCACAUAGUGACCCCCCUGUGGUCAGUGUUAUUGUGAAGAACACAGUGCGAUCUGAGUCUUUUGAGGAGGAGGAGGAGGAGGAAAAAUCUGUCAGGGAUAAAACAGACUAUCCCUCAAGCAGUGGCUUGAACUCUCAGGUUCAGGUCAAGUUUGGUGACCUCGCCUCACAGCUUGGCCCCAAAAUGCUCGCUGGUGCCCCUGUGGAUCCCCAGAUUGCUAAUGGCUUUGAGGGACGUGUUCCAAGUGAUCAGGGACAGUCUAGCACGCAGCGGUGGCCCCAGCGUUCACCACUGAGGGCCACACUUAAUGCUAAUGAGGGUGACAGCAAUGAAGGAGUUGAAGCUGGAUCAGUCCAGCACACAACUGAUGUCAUGAACAGUUUGAAGCCCCUCCUGUACCUCCAGUCAUCGACUAGUGCCGGUCCUAACUCUUCAACUCCUCUCUCCCCACACUCUGUCAGUCCUCGCCUUACUCCUCACUCCCCACAAAAGGAGGAGACUCCUCUCCUCAGUAAUCCAUCAUCCCCUUUACCACAAAAUGGGUGUAUCAAGGCUGGACUUAAGUGUGCUAUGCACUCAGAUGACGAUGACUCAGAGCCAGAUUUAGGAAGUCCACUGGUGAUCCAGGAGAGCCCAGAAUCUGAAAUGUCCUCCCCUCCCAAAUUUAAACACAGAGCAAAAGUACGGGUCCCUGAGCUGCUUGGAUCUCCUGAAGCUGCGUCUUGUCUUGUUUCGCAUCCUCCUCAUCUCUCUUCUCUGACAGCUGCAAUACCUAAACCCCAACUUGAGGAAGAGGGGCGACCUGCCACCUCACCUCCCCAGCCACACAGUCCUCAGGACUGCCUCCGCUCUGUCAGUACUGACUCUGCAUCAGUCCGAGAGGAUAAAUACCCAGAGCAUGUGAUUGAUGAGAGGGACUCACCUGAGAGCCCACCGCCCGGUGAGACAGGUCUUGUAGUCCCCAAGAGAAACAGCAGCCCUGAUUCAGCCCAAACAUCAGGUCUAGCAGCGAACCACAAGGACUUCCAUCACCAAGAGGAGCUCAUGGAAAGUGAGCCCAGAGAAGAGGACGGGCCAGGAGACACUGAGGAGUGGAGUGAAAAGGUGGCUGCAGAUGGAGAAAAUUUAAAUGAGGAGAGCUGUGGUGCUAGUGCUGAGGAUCCUGUGUCUGCUAGACCUGCAAAGAUGGUUUCACCUCCAUUGCAUCCCCUCAAAGUUAAAAUCAAAAUGCGUACCGGCAGCAUCGUAAGGACUGUGAGUGGUGGCACACGUAAAAGAAGUGGAAGAGCCACUGCCAAGAGUGUGGAUAGUUCAAAACCUUCCUCAGAACAACAUAACACAAAAUCCAGGAGGGAGUUAUCACAGCAUUCUCAGAUGCCUGCAAUGGCGAUGUCCCAGGAAGGGGCCCAUACAGUCAGAGACAAAACCACAGUGGACACCAAACCCAGAGUUUCCCCCACAGCUGUUAGCAUCACCAAAACUGCAGCCCUGCCCUCCGUGUCUGUCUCCUUUCCCAGAGUCGGCCCAGGUGGGAUCAGCCCUCGCAGCCUGGGUCCAAAAAGUCUCAACAGCGGGAUGACACCGUCCAUCCUCCAUCCUCAAAGCAGCAGCAGACCAGCCUCCAUAGUUAAUAGCACGGGGGCAAUCAUAUCCAAGAGUCAGACCAACCUGGUAGAAGCUUUCAACAAGAUCCUCAACAACAAGAACCUGCUGCCCAGCUAUAAACCAGAUCUGAGCUCACCACUUCCUGCAGAGUGGGGCCUGUCUCUACCUGCACAGGGUUACCGCUGUCUGGAGUGCGGUGAUGCCUUUGCUCUGGAGCAGAGUUUGGUGCGACACUAUGCCCGUCGUUCACUGAGGAUUGAGGUGACCUGUAAUCACUGCGCCAAGCGGUUGGCCUUCUUCAACAAGUGCAGCUUGCUUUUACACGCCAGAGAGCACAAGGAGAGAGGUCUGAUCAUGCAGUGUUCACACCUGGUCAUGAAACCCGUCCCUGUGGAGCAGAUGAUUGGCCAGCAGGAACCCGUGGCAGUUGGUGGGCUCUCUCCUUCACUUCUGUCAUCCUCUUCAUCCUUCUUAGGCCAGGUCACUCCAAACCCAACACCCCAGUCACAUAAAGCAGUUUCCAAGAAGAAGGCAGAAGCAGUGCAGUACGUCAGUAAUAAAUGUCCCGAGUGUCAAGUUCAGUUCAGCAGCAAAGAAGGGGUGGCUGAGCAUUUCCAAGAAAUCCAGCCAGCACAAACAACCUCAUGCACAGAGUGCUCUCCUCCCAUGCUCCUGCCCAACAGCUGCAGUGCAGCAGCUCAUCAACGCAUCCACCAAGGCUGCCCACCACACGUCUGCCCCGAGUGCGGGGGCACGGCCGAGCAGCCGCUAUUUCAAACACACCUGGACGAGACCUGUUUGCAUUUUGCACGCCGCAUUGGAUACAGAUGCUCCAGUUGCCUGGUGGUGUUUGGAGGACUGAACUCUGUGAAGUUUCACAUUCAGCAGGCUCAUUGUGAUAUGUUCCACAAAUGCCCCAGCUGCCCCAUGGCUUUCAAGUCUGCUCCCAGCAUACAAAACCACAUCAGUACCCAACAUCCGACGCUGACUGAAGGACAGACCAUGUCGAUCUAUAAAUGUGUCAUGUGUGACACAGUUUUUACAAACAAGCCCCUGCUGCACAUCCACUUCGACACUCAUUUAACCAAUCAGAAGGUGCAUGUGUUUAAGUGCCCUGAAUGCACCAAGUUAUUUUCUCAGAGGAAUUCUCUACUGGACCAUUUCAAGAACCAUAAGACUCCCACGUUGAAACACGAGUUGCCCUCACCCCCAGCUGCUUCCUCUCGUUCACAUCCUUCUUUGACAUUGAAGAGCUCGGACGGGGAGGAAUGGAUGGAUGGAGAUGAAGAAGACAAAGUAAAGACAGAAAGGAUAAAGACCCCCUCAGGGUGGAAGUGUGCACCUUGCCACGCCCGUUACACAGGCCGGGAAGACUACAUCACCCAUAUGGCUGAGCAGCAUGGCAAGACUCUGAAGAAGUUUCCCUGUAACAAGUGCGAGAGCUCCUUCACCACCACCUCCAGCCUGAGACGUCACAUCAGAGAUAAGCACAAAGUCAUGAGUCGUGGCUUUCGCUGCCAGUUCUGUAGUGAGGGUAAGAAAACAUUCAGCAGCAGAGCGAUGUUGGACAGGCAUGUUCAGUUAAGACAUAGCAUGGACACAAAAAGCCAGGACACACUGAUGGGAGGCGGAGAUGAGGCCGACAGUUCCUCGGAACAGGACAGCAGUUUGGGGGCUCGCCGGAGACGAAGGGCAGCUGUGAAGAUUGAGCAGGAUGAAGUGUCCACAGAUGGGGCGACUCCAGUGAAGAAGUCACAGUCCUCCUCCUCUGCCCCAGCCCCCUACACCCUUCCCGAGUCUGGGUUCCGCUGUGCCCCCUGCGGCUUCACCACAGAGGACCAGGUGUCAUUCCUGGAGCAUAUCACCCAGCACCGGCGAGGAGGCACGGAGGGCGCCGGUCAGCAGUGCCUACAGUGCGGCGCCUGCUUCACAUCCACGUCCUCUCUGUCGCGCCAUCGCUUCAUCACCCACAAAGUGAGAAAUGCAUUCACUGACAGCCAGCAGUCCCCCAGCGUGCACCCAGCACCUUCCCCUGCAAACAGCAGGAACCAUGAUGAUAAGAGUUCUCUGGAUGGUUCUGCACCAGCAUCACCCUCCUCUCAGGGGGUGGAAGAGGAGGCCACACUCACCUGUAAGGUGUGCCGCAAACAGUUUGAAAAGGCAUCAGAUCUGAACACGCACUUCAGAACUCACGGUAUGGCUUUUAUCAACGCAAGGAACGCAGGAAAAAGUACCUAAGACGCCAAAUAUGUGCGGAAGAGCAGUGUCGGCAGGUGAUUUAAAAGAAAAAAGAAGUGCCUUAUUUAUCGUCACACCCAUGCACUAAUUUAACCAAAGAUUGGUAGAACAGAGUUUGUAUGUGAAUAGAUUAUAGAAAAAUCAAAUGUGAUUCACUGGUCGAGAUCAGCCUUAACCUUCUACUUCUGACACUCAGGAUCUGAUGCUACAUUUCUGUGUUCAGUGAUGAUACUAAUGAGAUUAGAGCUACUUCCCGCUCAGUGAACAGUUAGUCUGACUAGUUCACUGCUGUGGCCACAUUCACAUCUUCCCAAUGUGCCAAUAGAGAACUGUGAAUGCUAGAACCAGAUCCCACUGUGAUUACCAUGGCUGUUGUUGAAGGCCAGCGAUGGAAUGUUUUCAUUUCAGUGUUUUCAUCCUACUGAGGAGUUUCUUGAAUGGCAACCCAGGUGUUUCUGCAAAAUCCUUUCUAUUUUUUACAUGUUUUUAGAGAAUCAGCGCAUUGGUUUAGAAUAUGUUAGUUCAGUUACUAUUAAGUGUGUAUACUUUUGACUUAUUGCCAGCCAUUUUCAACAUUUCCAACAUUUUACAUUGAUUCCCAAAUUGACAUGCAGCCAUUAUCUUUUAUACAUUUAGCAAAUUUAGACUUGAACUUUGCUUACGAUUGAUAACCCAUUAAAUGUCCUUUUUGUAUUUUCAUGCACAGUGUGUCCUUGCUGAGCUGCAAUAGAGUAAUGUUACCACAGAGAGAAUUUUUUGUAAAAAGAAAAAAAGUUCCAAAAUUUGGAAGAUCCGCUAAAUUUGUGGACUGUUGAUGAGGAUUUUGUCUCCGUUCAUUACUGUGGAAUCCUGUUACAGACAGGAGGAAUAAUUACUGUGCAUGCUGAGGUAUGUCGGUUUCAAGACAGACUUUAAAAAAAAAAAUGUGAGCCUAUCUUUUAAAUGUUUACUGGCUUUGAAGUCCCUGCACAUUUCUAGAUAUAUUGUAAUAUAUAUUAUUGCAUUCUAAACAUAAACUUUUUUGGGAAAUGGUCAGCAACAAUCUGAAGUGUACACAAGUUGUAUUUAAAACUGAAAUAUAAUACCUUUUUUAAGUGGAAUGUACUGUAUUUACAUCAGAUUAACUGAUUUAUUCCCUCUCUGUGCAAGAGAUGGAAGUGUGUGUGUUUUGAUUGAAUUUCUAUGUUUAAUGGCACCUUUUUUUUUGUUUUAGCUGUUUAUGUCUCACAAGCUGCUGGUUCACUGAAAUAUCUCCAACCACAGGAUCUCCAGAUGGAGCAAAUAUUCACACAACCUUUAAUGUGCUGUAGUCAUCAGUGACCUGUUUGUGCUUGUGUUUACUUUCUCAGGAGAUAAUCCAAUGCUUUAACACACAAUGUUCUGUUUAACUUUUUCUGUUUUUGCAUUGACAAUUUCUAAUAAAAUGUUUAUUAAAAAAAGAUUAAUGAAACUGG